GGGCGGGACUUGUCCGAUUCUCCUGUCGUGUCGACCCAAAGUCUCGGCAGAGAAAGGGAGGGCUCCAAAAUCCAAAUCCAAUCCGGGCAAAUGACGACAAGAGUUGUCCGUCGAGCUGCCACAAACACUUGACGGGCUUUCCCUGGUGUAAAAGUAAGGACUCGUUUACCAUGAAGAGAAACAGUAGGUGAGAACACGCAAGAGCAACGUUAACGGACUCAACAUGGAUGUUCGGGGGGGCGACGGCGCUUCUCUGAGCUGGAAUUAAGGCAGUUUACGAGCUAUUUCUGUCCCAGCGAGGCAUUGGACGACUUUUUUGGGGGUUUUAAAACUCGACGUCAUCUGCGUAGUCGCGACGAACUGUUCGGAAAGAUGUUGUGGAGGCGAGAUGUGCCCCUCUUAGAAAGGCUGGGGUUGGACUCCCCUGCGGGCGAAGCGUCAGGCCCGCCCUCGACGCCGCCGACGGGAGGGUUGAACAUUUCCCUCAACCCUCAACAACCCUUGCUUAUUCAGGACCAGCCCAUAUUCCUGCUGACCCCGGCGGCCCAGGCUGUGUCUGGCUUCUUCGUCUGGACCGCGCUCCUCCUCACUUGUCACCAGAUAUACAUGCACCUGCGUUUCUAUAGCUCACCUCGGGAGCAACGCCACAUUGUUCGGAUCCUCUUCAUCGUUCCCAUCUACGCCAUCGACUCUUGGCUCAGCCUCCUCUUCUUCACCAAUGACCAGUACUACGUGUACUUCGAUACUAUCAGGGACUGCUACGAGGCGUUUGUGAUCUACAACUUCCUAAGUUUAUGUUACGAAUACCUUGGAGGAGAGAGCGCCAUCAUGGCAGAGAUACGAGGGAAACCCAUCGAAUCCAGCUGCAUGUUCGGCACCUGCUGCUUAAAGGGAAAGGCGUACUCCAUCGGUUUCCUGCGCUUCUGCAAGCAGGCCACGCUGCAGUUUUGCGUGGUCAAGCCGCUCAUGGCCGCCGUGACUGUGAUCCUGCAGGUGUAUGGCAAAUACAAAGAUGGAGACUUCAACGUUGCCAGCGGUUACCUUUACAUCACCAUCAUCUACAACAUCUCCGUGAGCUUGUCUCUCUACGCCCUCUUCUUAUUUUACUUCGCCACCCGCAGCCUGCUCAGCCCUUACAGACCCGUGCUCAAGUUCUUCAUGGUCAAGUCUGUUAUCUUCCUCUCCUUUUGGCAAGGCAUGUUGCUGGCCAUCAUGGAGAAGUGCGGCUUCAUCCCCCAGAUUAACUCCAUGGAGGUGUCUGUCGGCGAAGGGACCGUCGCCGCCGGUUACCAGAACUUUAUCAUUUGCAUCGAGAUGUUUUUCGCAGCGCUGGGAUUGCGUCUGGCUUUUACGUACACAGUCUACAUGGACAAAAGUUUAAGAACGCUAGGGCCUCUUCCUACAUAUGGAGAGUUUGGCCACCCCGCCCCGAUGAAGAGCAUCUCUAGCAGCCUGAAAGAGACCAUGAACCCUGGCGACAUGGUCCAGGACGCCAUCCACAACUUCUCCCCGGCUUACCAGCACUACACCCAGCAGUCCACGUUAGAGCAGGGCGUGCCGCCGCCCGCUUCGCGCUCCUUCAGCGUCGUCGGCCAGGACGCUGAGAAGACACUCCUUUUGAGCUCUGAUGAAGAUUUUUAGCCUGACAAACGUGCUAGUGUUCUUUUGUAAGUAUGGAAAAAGCACUAUAAGCUAGUUUGCUUUACAACACAUGCUUUUAUUUUGCAUUUGUUUAAGGAUUAAUCAUUUUUACUCAAGAUUUAUCUGACUUUGAUAGAAUUUUUUUUUUUUUUUGUUCAUAGUACAGCUCAAUUUUAUUUUGCCUGUAUUUCGUUCUGACCACAUUUGGGCUUUUUGCUACCUUUCACGAGAACCGUUAAAGGAAUUUUUUAAAAAAGUUUUUCAGUUUGGAAUAAAUUGUAGGUACCACCAAA